UUAAAGAAAAAGCAUUUUGCUAAGUGCCUCUGCAGCUGCAGUCAAGAGAGAUCUCAUCUCCUGGACUGAAUUCAAAUGGUGAACAGUGAGUAAGGACUUUCUUGGGAACUCCUGCCAAAGGGGAAGAGACUCGAUAAGAGAGCUAUCAGGGGACACACUGGGACUCAGUGUGGGCCUGAGGGAGACAGGAGAGUUGUGAGUCGAAGAGGUAAGAUGAGUCUAAACAACGGUCACGCUCUGACCGCAAGUGGACAGGACUUGACCAGCAGCAGCAGCCGGGCUCCCUGGGAAGAUGCUAGGACGGCGUUGAAGCUCUCCACCUCCAGCAGGAAACCUAAACCACCCAAGCCACAGAAUGCCAUCACCAUUGGUGUUUCUGCACGAGUCCUUUUCAACAUGGAGAAGGAGCAGCAUAUCUACGAGCAGCAAGGCCUGGAAGAAUACAUCAAGUAUCAGGUGGAGCAUGAAACGCAGCCUUUCAGCCCCGGACCUGCCUUCUCCUUUGUCAAGGCUUUGGAGGCUGUCAACACUCGGCUGAGGGAGCUUUACCCCGAGAGCGAGGAGCUCUUUGAUGUUGUGCUCAUGACAAACAACCACGCGUACGUCGGCCUGAGACUCAUCAAUACCAUCAAUCAUCACCAUUUGUUCAUCGAGCGCUUCUGUAUGACAGGGGGAAACAGUCCCAUAGGCUACCUGAAGGCCUACCACACGAACCUGUACCUGUCCGCUGAUCCAGUCAAGGUUCGAGAAGCUCUGGAAGAAGGUAUAGCAGCAGCCACCAUGUUCACCCCAGAGAAGAUGACAGAAGUGUCAGAGACUCAGCUGCGUGUCGCCUUUGAUGGUGACGCUGUCCUUUUCUCUGAUGAGUCGGAGCGCAUCUACAAGGCCCAUGGACUGGACAAGUUCUUUGAGCAUGAGAAGGCACAUGAGAACAAGCCCCUGGACCAUGGGCCACUGAAAGGUUUCCUGGAGGCUUUAGGAAAGCUGCAGAAGAAGUUUUAUGGCAAAGGCCAGCGCAUGGACUGCCCCAUCCGGACCUACUUGGUGACAGCUCGCAGCGCAGCCAGCUCUGGUACCAGAGCCUUAAAAACUCUGCGCUCAUGGGGUCUGGAGAUCGACGAGGCUCUCUUUCUGGCAGGGGCACCCAAGGGCCCCAUGCUUGAGAAGAUCAGGCCGCAUAUUUUCUUUGACGACCAGAUGUUUCACGUGGAGGGGGCAGCAGAAAUGGGGACAGUAGCAUGUCACGUGCCCUAUGGAAUAGCUCAAAGAGUUAUCAAGACAGGAUUUAAUGACAAAGAGACUUCUUCAGCACCCAAGUAGCCUGAACAUCACUGACGAUGCAGCUGACGAUGUUAUAACUGUGUUUAAAACUAUGACAGAAAAUGUCCCACAAAUGGGUUUCGAAUGUAAUAAAACCCAGCUGAUGCAAUAUGACUAGUAUAUUAUAUAAUAGUGUGAUUAUAAAGCAAUGUUAUGUUAUUAAAACAUUAAUCAAAUGAUUUCUUUCAUUAACAAUUAGUUUACAAAGAGGUAUAACUCUCUAACGAGGGCUCUAAUUAACCCUUUAUAAACUGUUCAUAAGUUGUAGCAAAUGCUUUAUUAAUCAUUAAUAAACCAUUUACAGCUUUAUAGAUCAGUUAUAAGCCAUUCAGAACAAUGUUUGGGUAGGAAAUAUCUUUGACUGAUUGGACCGAGGAAAAGGGCUGCAGAGGAUUUAGACCAAACCCCAAAUCUGUUCUUAGAAAUGGCUUUAAAUGUUCUGUAAAUCAUUAAUAAAUCAUUCUUGAACCAUUAAUAAAGCCUUAAGUCACAAUUUAUAAACCCUUUAUAAAGAUCGCCUUACUAAAAAGCGGCACUCAAUGCCGCUUGUGUUUAAGACUUUCAUUAGCAGUAGGCCGAAGACAUUUAUACGGGAGCCCUGAGAGGCAAGUCAGAAAAAAACAUUCGGGUGAUCCAUUUUUAAAUGUGAUCUAAACUGUUUUAUCUCCUGUGUUCUCAUUCAAGAGCAGGUGAAAGAAACAUUUUUCCAGGACGAUCUUCAUAAGUUUCUUAAAUUUUUUUUCCAUGUGUGAAACAGGUUGGGAAAAAAUGUUUGCCAGAAUCAGUUUCCCAAGUUGGGUUUUGUUCAUCUGGAAAACAGAUGAAAAGAUACGUUUUGGCAUGUGAUUUUUUUUUUUUUUUGUUCAGGAUCAUCAAGAUCAGUGUUUGUUGUUGUAAUACUCAUUUCAGCCACAGGAGGCUGAAAUGCAUGACGACCCCACGUUCUAAAUAAGACUGAAAGCAUUGAUGGGUGAUUCUCAUGAACAUGAUACUACUCCAAACAAAAAUUACAGAUCACUGUAUACACAUAUUGUUUUUCCUAUCCAAUUUCACUCUUCAAUUUAAGCCAUGAUAACUCAGCUAAAAGACUUAUAUACAGUAGAUUAAACAAAUUAAUAACUUUUAGAGAACAUGAUAUAUUACAUAUUACGGUAAUGUUCAACUAUGGUGUGGAAAUAGGGAUGCAUAAGGAUAAACUUCACAGUUAACAACAUUGAAAUAUGACAAAUAAUCUUACCUUGCAGCCAUCUUUUGUCUCCUCUUCUUUGUGGUGCAUCAUGGCUAAAAAACAAAAACAAACAAAAACAAAAAACAAAACACAGGCCAUGAACAGUUACGAAAUCAGCAUGUUGGGACACUUAAUGAUCCGAAUAUUUUUUAUACAUUGUUGGAAACCAUCAUAUCUGGUUAUAGUCUUUUAAAUCAUACAGUUUUAAACAAGUUUAAAUUUAUUUUAAUAAAUUUGCUUGAAUAUUUAUUGUGCUAAAUUGAGGGGAAAUCAUGAAAUUUUAUUCAGGAUGCAUUACGGUAGUGAAUGUGUGACUCAAAAAUCAGUUAAAAAACAUAUAAAAUACUACCUUGGUACCAAACAAUAACCUCUGCCACAUAACAGACAUGGUAUACUUUCAGAUAAAAGUUAAUUAUUUCACUGUCUAAGUUUCUACCUGUUUUUUUUGUUGUUGUUUGUUUGUUUUGUUUUGAUGUUUUUCUCCUGCCUCUCAGGGCCUUUGUAAUACCAGCAAUCUUUUCAAUUUAUAUAUUUCACAUUCACAUCCAAAAACAUGGUAUAACCCCACAGACGACAUAAAAUACAAUAAAAAUAAAGUAUAUUUAAAAUAAAGCAGAACUAAAUGUCAGAAAUAUAAAACAAAUUUUAGGCAAUAUUUCUUUAGACGCCAGGUUACUAAGGAAACAUCACUAUUUUUUUAUAAAGAAGGAAUUUAAACGCAGCCUGAUCAGAAAGUACAUGGCUGCACUGAAGAAAUGCAAUCAGUCACUUUAUGCAGAAACUCUAUUUGAAUUGAUACAGUUUUAUCACUUUACUGUUUGUGUGUAUGUGUUUAAGGGUUUUUAAAACCGGUGCCUUUUUUUCCACUAUUGUUGGAUUUUUUUGUCGGUCUUGCAUGUUGUUGAUAUAUAUGUAUGUUGUGGAUGUUUGAUCGGUGUAUGUAAAUGUGUUUAAAGUUUGCAAAUUGGUGGAAUUGGAAGAUUUUACUUUAUAUUUAUAGUAUUUAUUCGUGUUCAAGACAAUAAUGAUAAGUUUGAACACAUGCAUAUAUUGACAUUCAUCAUGUGCAGUUGUGAUUUCUGCUACUCAUCCCUGAAGUGCCGGAAGUUCAGUGUCUCCCUUGUUGUUGCCUGCCUGUCUUAUCCUGUCCUUUAGGUGUGUUGUUAUUAUUAUUAUUGGCACUGUUGCUGUACUGUUCUGUGUAUGAGUGUGAAGCAUGAUAGUACUGGAUGAGACCAAACUAGCUCACAUGUGGAAUCUGGGUAAAUCUGGGCCAAAUGAGUACUGUGGACUGUUACGCAAUCAUGUUUUUCUGUUUCAAUAAAACAGACUGUAUGAAGAAAAA